AUGUCUUGUCUCAAGAUAUUUUAUGUUCUCUGUGCUGUUAUUGUCAUGAUAUCAGCUUAUCCAGUUAUGGAUCCUUACCAUGGAACUGGUUCUGACUCCAUUGAUCCAGCUCCUCAUCCAGGCUCUGGUCCACAGCCACCGGAACCAGUCCCACCAGAACCACCUCAUCUUAGCAGACGCCCACGUCCCCCAGGCUUUGCUCCUAUUGGCCCCAUUAAUCCUGGUGGUCCUAUUGAUACUUGGCUUCCUGGCCCUCGUGGCCCAAUGGGGGGUCCUAUUGGUCAUGGUCCUAUUAUUAUUCCUCUUGCUCCUGUUGUUCCUGUUUUUCCAUGGAAUCCUGGUACUCUUUAUAUUAGCCCUUUUUCUCCUAGAAAUCCUCGUUCUCCCAAGGAGUCUGAUUCAUAA